CCCCUUUUUCUACAAAAUCCUUAUGCCUGUCCCGGAGAUAGAUCCAUUGCAGGAUCCUUCUCAUAGAUGCCCAGAAUUGUUACUCUUACUGCUUUUGCUGAUGCCAACCGGUUCUGUCUGGGAAUGGAAUAAAAUGAGAAAACAAUGGACAGAUGUAAACCUAAUCCGAAACACUUAUUAGUGCUAGGAGAAUAGAGAAUCAGGCAAUUGGUGGUAGCCACAUUCUUUUGUCACACUGUCAGAAUAAAGGCUAUUUCAGGACUUGUAUCUUCCAUGGAUAGCAGGCUACUUGCUUUUCUUGAGCUUAGUACUGGCAUUGCUCUCACUGACAUAUUCUUCUAAUUUGUGGUCUCCAUCUAACUAUACAUUAAUCGCACUGCAUGCUCUGCUGCUUGUAUAGCAGUAGCACCUACGGGGCCCUUUUGUGUUGCGUGCUCUAUAACUUGUAAAUAAGAUUUGGGCUCAUAACUCUAGGAUUAUGACAAGAUGAACACUAAGCUUCUUAUGCAUGAUCAACAUGUCUCAAUUUUCCUUCUGACCUCCAGAGGGGGUUAUUUUACUACCUAUAGUAAUUAAACCCAGUUUAAAGGGGAUGAAGUCUAGAAAUUACACACACAAUUGCAGACUUGUUUGUCUCCUUUCUCCCCCGUCUUUUCACUAUACUCUCUGUAUUCUGCAUCUCUUCUCCUGCAUCCAGCUUCUACACUAACACUAUGCUUGAAUGCAGUGGUGGUCUCCCUUUGUUGUUGCUUCUGUAGCACAGAGAUCAAGUGGCUGUACCUGUUUUUUUAUUUUGGGGGGUUUUUUUGGGAUGGGGUAGACUUUGGGAUGAACUAUUGCGUCUUACUGGCUGAAGCCAGUUUAAAGUGCUUGGUUUAGUCUGAGACCAGGUCUAUGCUAAAGGGGAAGGUCAAAUCAAGUUAUGCAACUCUAGCUAUGUUAAUUACAUAGCUGGAGUCAAUGUACCUUGAUUCGAGUUUACCCGCCAUCCUCACAGUGGGAAGCCGACAGGAGCAAAUGCUCCUGUCUGCUUUUCUUACUCCUCACGGGAGCAGAAGUACCAGCUAUGGAUGGGGUGCUUUCUGAGUUCGAUUUAGCAAGUCUUAAGUAGACCUGGUAUAUUGAACUCCAGAAGAUCAAUUGUGGCAGUGUUGAUUUUCCCUGGAGUAAAGACAUGGCCUAAUUCUAUCAGAUAGAAUUUACUCUCGUCUUGUCAGCCUGGUCCUCAACCUUCCGACUAACACAAAUUCCUUUCUUUGUGAUGGUAAGAUGGGGGGAAAGGAGAGCAAGGUGUUGUUCCUAGGGCUGCUUGUGGUGUUUCUUAGCAAUAGCCAAUGCCAGAGCCAGUGGUGUUAAUCAGAGGCUCUGUUCAUGUCUGCAGUAACAAUUGCUUACAGAGCACAUGUUUUAAAAUGGAUCUGGCUAGGAUGACACACAGCACAGCAGAAGGAAAUGUUCCUGACAAGCUAAGUGCAAGGCUUAAUUAUAGUAUAAUUAGUGUGUUCUCACUCCACUGUGGGAAAAAAUGGGGGAAGCAUACAUAAAAUGAGGGAUUACUCCUUGCUCUCUAAAAUUCAUGAGGCCUUCCAUCCUCCGGGGAAGACUUUGGGUCCAGAAUCAGCUACUGCCUGUGUGUAAAAUAUGCCAAUUAUUGAGAGGCAGAGUAAACAAUUGGAUCUGGCACUGGACUGGGAAUCAGGAGACAUGAAUUGUUUUCUUGACGCUUGUCAUUCACUGUCUGAGAGAUCUUGGGCAAAUCACUUCCUGUCUCUGGGUUUCUCCCCUGCUAUCUUUUGUCUUGCCUAUACAGUCAGCUUUUCUGAGCCGUGACCCUUUAUGCGCUGAUGCAGUGCCUUGCAUAACCAAGCCCUGAUCUUGGGCUGUCAGGCACAAUUUGUAAUACAUGUAACAUAUACUCAAGGGGAAUCCUGUGGGUUUCUCCCCAGCCUUUCAUUUAUGCCAUGAUUGUGUAUCUCUGCAUAUUCAGCAUGUUUCAUAAUAAUCCGCGUCGGGUAAUUUUCCUCUUUGCUGUUAACUCCUUUCCUGUAGAAGCAGCAUAACUAAUCUGAGCCAUACAUGCUGCAGGAAGAUAGUAUACUUCCAAAGAGGGGUGGGGAAACCAGCCCUGUGGGCAGUAUGGUGCUCUGUGGGAGCUGUGGGUUUUAUUGUCAGUGUUUAUCUUUCUCACUAGGGAAGCCAGAGUGGAGUGUCCUGCAGAGAUAGCAUGCUUAGGCCUGUGGUAAGAAGUCUUUCAUCCUCCUUCACUCAGUGAUCUCUCUAGCAUCUGCCCCUCAUGCCUGGGUGAAGCCAAGUCACUCUCAUAAACACCAAAUUCAUUUUCUAGUGUUAGAUGCUUACGGAUGAGACUUUGCUUUUGAAGAGAACUUUAUUAUCCCUUGAGUUUGGACCUUUCUUCGGCAGCUUCCUACGGGCUCAGUCUUCCCUGCUGUGGCCCUAUAAGCAGGAUUCAUAAAACAAAUGCCUUCAUUCACUUAGCAAGUGCCGCCCAAGGCAGCACUUCCUGUUUCCUACUAAACAACUAUUUUUAAAUUGCUGUAAAAUACGUAAGUUUGCAACGUAGAACCAUUGCUACAGAAGCCUUCAUUCCCAGGCUGCUCAGACAGGCAAACGUGGACAUUUUAAAAAGGAAAAUAAAAGGUGGUAAUCUUGAUACGCUGGAUGAUUCCACACUGCUUUCGUCAUCUAUACCACCUUCUGCUGGAUCAGCAGUUUCUGAAUGCCUUGUGUUUCCUUUGCACAGCUCGCUGAGCAUGACUUAGAAGGAAGAGAUAAGGGCACAGAGCAAAGUGGUAUCGGAAUCCACUUAGUGGUGCAACAGAUUAUUCUGAUAUUGACGGGACCUAGAUAGGAGCAAUUCCUUUCACUCAGGAGUGGCUCCAGAGGGAACCAGAUCCAUUUAAACCGACAUGACACUACAGCCUUGGUUUGGAUUUUUUUAAUCGUUGGAAAGAGGGAGAGGGCUUGGAAUAACCCUUGCCCGCCCCUCCCCCCAUCUCCCCCCAAGAAUGAUGAGGAAAAAGGAAAUGAAGACGACAUUGCUCUUCAAGGUUUUUCUUACUAGGCUUCGACUUCACGAUGGAAAGCUCAUUAAGGACAGGCGCCACCAGCUUCGAACGUACCCCAACUGCUUUGUGGCAAAGGAACUGACAGACUGGCUGAUUGACCACAAAGAAGCACCUGACCGAGAGACGGGUAUUCGCCUUAUGCAGAAGCUCAUGGACCAUUACAUCAUCCAUCAUGUUUGUGAUGAACACUUGGACUACAAGGAUGCCAAGUUGCUGUACCGCUUCCGCAAGGACGAUGGGACCUUCCCUCUCAACAAAGAUGUAAAGGUGUUCAUGAGGGGGCAGAGCCUUUAUGAGAUGUUGAUCAGUGUCGAAGAUUCCAUACUGAAGGCGCGGGAGGAGAAUGCCAUGAAAUACCAGAGGACCUUCCUAGGCUGUGAAAUGGUUGACUGGCUCAUCCAGGAGGGGGAGACAGCAAACAGACAGGAAGCCGUGGAGCUGGGCCGAGCGCUGCUGGAACAUGGGAUCAUCCAGCAUGUCUCCAGCAAGCACCACUUCGUCGACAGCAACCUGCUCUACCAGUUCUGGAUCAACUUCCGCCGGAGGCGGCGGCUCACGGAGCUGCUCAACGAGAACUCGCCCCGGGCUUUGUCCGAGAGUCCCGACAGCCCCUUCUGCCUCCGCAAGCUCAACCCAGAGCAGGGCAACUCCAGCUUCCUCUCGGUCCAGCCCAACAAGGAGAUCAGACUAGUCUCAGCUGUUCGGAGGAGCAGCGUCACCUCUCUUGCCGGAAGUGCCAACUCCUAUUUCACUGCUCCACCCAGCCUGGGAUUUCUGCCGGCAGUUGAAUGCAACCCCAAAUCAGUGUUAAAGAGGCCUGUCACCAAUGAGGAGCUCCUGUCCCCUGGGGCUCCAUACAUCAAGAAAACGCUAACCAUUGUGGGCGAUGCUGUGGGCUGGGGAUUUGUGGUUCGUGGAGGGAGACCCUGCCACAUCCAAGCUGUGGACCCAGGAGGACCAGCUGCUGCAGCCGGCAUGAAGGUGUGUCAGUUUGUUUUCUCCGUGAAUGGAAUGUACGUCCUGCAUUUGGAUUAUCCGACCAUCACCAGCCUCAUCAUGACGGGACCGCGAACGCUUGUUAUGGAGGUCAUGGAAACUGUUGAAUGAGCGAAGAAUCAUCCCACAUCACUGUCCCAUGAAGCAGGAUACUUCAGCUACUAAAGGCCAGAGAUCAGUUUCAGGAUUCUGUCAAAAUCAGGGGAAGGACCCAACCUGAUCUCUCAUUCGAAGAGGCUAGGCCUGAAAUAUAGCCUGGUAUUUUGACUUGUCUUAAGUAAAUGGAAUCUGACAGGGGCAGAUCUAUUGAGCUCCCAAAGGACUAAGUUAGUUGUGUCGCAGGCCAUAUCUUCACUUGCCAUGCUGGAGAUUGAUCUGGCAUUCGAUUUAGCAGGUCUCAUUAAGACCCACUACAUCGAAUGCUGAGGGUGGCUCUGCUCAGCACUGGUACGCCUCGCAGUCUCAUUUGCUACCAUUGGCCUCCCUCAAUGAAGACGGCAUGAAGCUCGGCUUAAGGUAAGCUGACUCUCAACUACGUAUUUUACGUAGCUGGAGUUGCGUACUUUAGCCUGACCUUCCAGGUCUAGUGUAGACCUCGCCUCAGUGCCUAAUCAGAGCUGCUCCUUUUAGAGUCAAUGGGGGUGCUCAGCCUCUCUCAGGAUUGGGUCCUGCGUGUACACAGUCCUUUCACCUAUAUAAGCACCUGAGGUCAAGUUGCAACUUGCAACAAGUAAGAAUUGAACUGUAUUUGCACUCCUAGGACUAGCAAGUGAUAAGAAGCUUGUUGGUUUUGGUUUUGUUUUAAACCCUACCAUUCUAUGUGAUGACCUUGAAUAGAAUAGCUGAUGAGCUCAGUAAACUGCCUGGCACAAAGUGUCAACUAAAAACACUUAGCGAAAGCUGUACACGUUCCAGCGGAUGCAGACGUACAUGGCGCUGGUGAUCUCAUCAAGAAUGCCACAGUGGAAGAGGCACCUUUUCCAGAUGGAAGUUGACAUACUCAAAAGGGGAAUAACUUAUUGAUGAAGCAUUUAAGAGAUUUCUAACAUUUAAAUUUUUAAACAUAUCUUUUUGACUAUAUAUUUUCAAACUACUGUUGCUGAAACAGUCUUUUUCAAUAAAAUCUGUCUAGAGGCCAAUUGGUCAGUGUUUCAGU